AAGAAGGCAAAUAACAGGAGACACCCGUUAACGGAAGUCACUCAGUUGCAGGAACGGAUGUGAAUACGAUGGCAGAAGCUGCGAGACCCUCACACGGAUCACCUGGUGUUGAUGCCAUGGCGGAAGGAGGCUGCACAGGGGAGAACUUUGUGGAAAGACAUCGAGUGGAGCUGAUCAAGAGAGUCAGCAACAUUAAACCCAUUUUGGAUGAGCUCCUCCGCCAAGAGAUAAUCUCACAAUAUAGUUAUGAUCAGAUGAAGCCUCUGCCGACCUCUCAGGAGAAGAUGGAGGAGCUCUUUCGUUGGCCUUUGCCAGUCAGCGGAGGAGAAGGAAAAGAGAUGUUCUACAAACUCCUGGAGGAACGUGAGCCACAUCUCAUCGAUGAGCUCAGGAGGACAGAAGAGCCAGUGGAAGCAGGGAUGCCUGUUAGAGAGCUGCUUUUGGAAACCCUCCAUCAUUUGAGAGAUAAAGAGAUAAAGAAAUUCAACUGGCUGCUGCUGUGGAAGUUCUCUUUGUGCGGCUUUCCAAGACACUUGUGGCAUCGAUUGCAAAGUUUACACACUGCAGAGAACCUGGUGGACGUGAUGGUGCAGACGUGGGGUCAAAAGUCUGUGGAGGUGACCAAGGAGGUGUUAGUGGACAUGAACAGGACUGAUCUGGUGCAGAGGCUGCACACCUGGGGACACAAAGAAGAACACUCUUUGGGUGAACUUUGGCCUGGACUGAUUCCUGAAGUGGAGACGAUGGCGUCUGCUAUUGAGCUGCUUUUGGAAACGCUGAAGGAUUUAACUGAUGGGGAGCUGGAGAAGUUCAAGGAUUCAUUCUUGAGGGAAACUCACUACCAGAAGAUCACUUCUGACAUCAGAUGGUUGAUGUCAGAGGCAACAGAUGUGCAGGACGUGGUGUUUGUAAUGGUGCUGACCCAUGGUCAACACUCUCUGUGGCAAACAGAGACGUUUUUACAUGAGAUGAACCGGAUUGAUCUGGUUCAGUAUCUUUCACACAGCAGCUCAGGACCCCAAAAGAAACUCCACUCUGAACACAGACCUGCACUGAUACAGAGAGCAGCCAGAAAAGCAGCUGUUAGACGUCGACUUUGGGAAAUUGAGGCGGAUUUUAGUUAUUGGGAGAAAUUCAAGAAGAUCCUCCCGUUGAUCAUCUCACAGAAUAAUCCAUUCUCAUUGAUGUUGAGACGAACAUCUGACAGAGAAUCAGUAGUGGAUCUGAUGUUGCAGACUAUAGGCCUUCACUCUCUGGAUUUAACCUGUGAGGUUUUAGAGAUAAUGGGCAGAAGUCACACAAUAUGUGAAGUGAAGGCGAGUGGGAGAGAGAGAGAGACGGUGGGAGAACGAGCUCAAGAUGAACAUCAAGCUGCACAGAGCGAAUCCACCAUGACAUCAGUUCAGGAGAGUCUUUUGAAAGCACUGAAAGAUUUAAACGACAAGGACCUCAAGAAGUUUGAAUACCACCUGCAGUGCACUCCAAUUGAGAAAAGUUUCCUAAGAAUCCCAAGACAGAGAUUAAAGACGGCAAACCGAGUGGAGAUGGUGAAGCUGAUGAUGGAGGCCUACCUCCAACAGUCUGUGGAGGUGAUCAGGGAGAUGUUAAAGAGGAUGUACUGGGGAGACCUGCAGGAGAGCGGGUUAGGAACCAGAUUGCGACUCCAAGAGAGACGAUGGUAUAGAACGCUCCAGAGUGAAUCCACCAUGACAUCAGUUCAGGAGAGUCUUUUGGAAACACUGGAAGAUUUAAAUGAUGAGGACUUUAAGAAGUUCAAACACCACCUGCAGUACACUAAAGUUGAGAAAAGUUUCCUAAGAAUCCCAAGACAGAGAUUAGAGACGGUAGACCGAGUGGAGAUGGUGAAGCUGAUGAUGGAGGCCUACGACAAACAGUCUGUGGAGGUGACCAGGGAGAUGUUAAAGACGAUGUACUGGGAAGACCUGCAGGAGAGGUGGUCAAGAACCUACCUUGAAACCCAAGAGGGACAAACAUUGUCGGCCCAGAUUGAAUCCACCAUGACAUCAGUUCAGGAGAGUCUUUUGGAAGCACUGGAUGGUUUAAAGGACGAGGACCUCAAGAAGUUCAAACACCACCUGCAGUACACUAAAGUUGAGAAAGAUUACGUAAGAAUCCCAAGACAGAGAUUAGAGACGGCAGACCGAGUGGAGAUGGUGAAGCUGAUGAUGGAGGCCUACGACAAACAGUCUGUGGAGGUGAUCAGGAAGGUGUUAAAGAGGAUGUACUGGGAAGACCUGCAGGAGAGCGGGUCAGGAACCUACCUUGAAACCCAAGGGGAGAACUUUGUGGAAAGACAUCGAGUGGAGCUGAUCAAGAGAGUCAGCAACAUUAAACCCAUUUUGGAUGAGCUCCUCCGCCAAGAGAUAAUCUCACAAUAUAGUUAUGAUCAGAUGAAGCCUCUGCCGACCUCUCAGGAGAAGAUGGAGGAGCUCUUUCGUUGGCCUUUGCCAGUCAGCGGAGGAGAAGGAAAAGAGAUGUUCUACAAACUCCUGGAGGAACAUGAGCCACAUCUCAUCGAUGAGCUCAGGAGGACAGAAGAGCCAGUGGAAGCAGGGAUGCCCGUUAGAGAGCUGCUUUUGGAAACCCUCCAUCAUUUGAGAGAUAAAGAGAUGAAGAAAUUCAACUGGCUGCUGCUGUGGAAGUUCUCUUUGUGCGGCUUUCCAAGACACUUGUGGGAACGAUUGCAAAGUUUACACACUGCAGAGAACCUGGUGGACGAGAUGGUGCAGACGUGGGGUCAAAAGUCUGUGGAGGUGACCAAGGAGGUGUUAGUGGACAUGAACAGGACUGAUCUGGUGCAGAGGCUGCACACCUGGGGACACAAAGAAGAACACUCUUUGGGUGAACUUUGGCCUGGACUGAUUCCUGAAGUGGAGACGAUGGCGUCUGCUAUUGAGCUGCUUUUGGAAACGCUGAAGGAUUUAACUGAUGGGGAGCUGGAGAAGUUCAAGGAUUCAUUCUUGAGGGAAACUCACUACCAGAAGAUCACUUCUGACAUCAGAUGGUUGAUGUCAGAGGCAACAGAUGUGCAGGACGUGGUGUUUGUAAUGGUGCUGACCCAUGGUCAACACUCUCUGUGGCAAACAGAGACGUUUUUACAUGAGAUGAACCGGAUUGAUCUGGUUCAGUAUCUUUCACACAGCAGCUCAGGACCCCAAAAGAAACUCCACUCUGAACACAGACCUGCACUGAUACAGAGAGCAGCCAGAAAAGCAGCUGUUAGACGUCGACUUUGGGAAAUUGAGGCGGAUUUUAGUUAUUGGGAGAAAUUCAAGAAGAUCCUCCCGUUGAUCAUCUCACAGAAUAAUCCAUUCUCAUUGAUGUUGAGACGAACAUCUGACAGAGAAUCAGUAGUGGAUCUGAUGUUGCAGACUAUAGGCCUUCACUCUCUGGAUUUAACCUGUGAGGUUUUAGAGAUAAUGGGCAGAAGUCACACAAUAUGUGAAGUGAAGGCGAGUGGGAGAGAGAGAGAGACGGUGGGAGAACGAGCUCAAGAUGAACAUCAAGCUGCACAGAGCGAAUCCACCAUGACAUCAGUUCAGGAGAGUCUUUUGGAAACUUUGAAAGAUUUGAGUGACAAGGACCUCAAGAAGUUUAAACACCACCUGCAGUACACUGAAGUUGAGAAAGAUUACGUAAGAAUCCCAAGACAGAGAUUAGAGACGUCAAACCGAGUGGAGAUGGUGAAGCUGAUGAUGGAGGCCUACGACAAACAGUCUGUGGAGGUGACCAGGAAGGUGUUAAAGAGGAUGUACUGGGAAGACCUGCAGGAGAGCGGGUCAGGAACCACAUGUCAACUCCAAAGGCUGGAGCUGAAGUCAGGAACCAACUUUGAAAUCCAAGGGGAACUAAUAUUCUCGGGCCAGAGUGGAGCUUCCAAGGAGAAACCUUUGAACAUCCUGCAAGAUCUAAGUGUCUCAGAAAGCUCGGACUCAGUGGAGGGUGGAAGCAUGACGCAGGAAUCCAGUGAAUGGACCAAACUUGACCCUGAGGUGAACAGUCAGGAUGCAAACGAUGCUCCAACUUACAGCUUGCAGUCUGAAGCAGGAAACUAUGAAUGCAGCAUCUCUGGCUUGCGCUGGAUGUGUAAUGGAAAGGUCCGCUUUAAGUACCAGUUUUGUCCGUGGGAGGAACCCAUGGAGAGGAUGGAAAGCCUGCAAUACAUGCCUGCAGGUCCCCUGAUGGACAUCACAGUGGUUACUGGGAAGUUAGAUGAAGUGUACCUGCCUCACUGGAUCUGCAUCGACGACAAUCCUGAGAUUUUGGACAAGUUUGCAGUCCUGCACAUAGACGACUGUGGAGAUGAUGUGGAAAAAGUGUCCCAGGUCACAGCGUCCCACGUCAAGCUGUCUGAGCCUGUUUUCUCCCCUCGAGCGGUCCUGCUGAGAAUCGGCAUUCCAGUGAGAAUAAACUGUAACGUGUUGCUAUACAAGACCAACACGGCCUUCCUCACGCUCCAUGUGUACCUGAUCCCACGUGAUCCGGGUCUGCAGCAGGAAAUGGACAGGAGGCAAAUAUCUGAUGGGUACAAAGUCAUCAAAAAGCCACAUCCAAAUACUUCUCUGAAAAUGAACAAUCGUUUCAUCUUAAAUGCAGUUUUAAAGGGUUCAGAAAUCAUUCCUGAGAACUUAAAGCUUCAAUAUGACAGCAGAAGCCCAAAUUUCUUCGAGGUCUACAGUAAAAAUCCAGACACAGACUUUGAACUCGUGCUCAACCAUAAAAAAGACCAUCAAACAGUGUGGAACUGUACAAUUCGAAAAGAUGAAUACGACAGUAGGCAAACACAUGCUGCGACUCCCUCAGCCGGAGCAGCCGCUCUGAACACCACGGCACAAGAUGAGUCAGACUUUGUGGAUAAACACAGAGCUGCGCUGAUCGACAGAGUGAACAACGUUGAGGCCAUUUUGGAUGAUCUUCUCGCUGAAGGAGUCGUCUCCCAGGCGAAAUAUGAUGAAAUCAUGGCUAUCAGCACCAGCAGGGAUCGGAUGAGGAGCCUCUUCUCUGGUCCACUGAACGCUGCUGGAUGUGACGGCAAAGAAGUCUUCUACAAAAUCCUCCAGAGACGUGAGAAAUUUCUCAUGAAAGAUCUCCAGAAAAAGAAGUGAAUGUUCAUUCAUUUUGUCCGAAAUAUCAGUGUAACUGGGCCCAUUUACAAAAAUAAGAAUGUUUAUGUUAUUACCGUGUCUCUAAUCUUCAGUCAAGUGACCUCAUGUUAGAUUUAAACUGGGGGACAUUUGUAUGAGAUGCGGUGCCUCUUCCACCUGAUCAGUGAUGCUCAAGAUGAGAUGAGUUUUAAUUCAUGUUUGACAGUCAAUUUGAAUGUUUAUCAGACAAUCACAUUAGAAAUGAAUUGAAAUGCUAAAAUAUAAUGAUGCCAUGAUGUUUUAUUAGAUUAAUGUCUAAAGCUAAUCAUGACUUUCGCUGUGAGGAAAUUUCAAGACACCAACUGCGUGAGAACAAUCUGAGCAGAAGAGUCUCAGAGCACCUCUUCUCUUUGACCCCAUCUGUCUGUGGAUAUCUAAGCUGCCUGGUGGAAGGAGAAGGUGUGAAUUUCUCCAACCCCAGUCCUAAAUCUGAUCAAACAUACGUUGGUACUGCCUUGUGAGUCUUUCCUCAGGUCUGGGACCUUUGCCUGCCUCCAACACCUUUAGCAUAACAAAACCACGGUGUUUAUCCUGCCAAUUUAUAUUUUUGUAUUGCUCUGAAACAUAGAGAAGCUUUUUUAUUAUAUAAUGAUGUGAGAGUUCUCAAACAUUUGCUCUCAGAUGUAUUAAAUAUGUGAUGUAUAUGCACAGAAAAUGCCAUUGGAGCUGACCUUUUUUUUAAAUUACUGAUUUUUUAUUUACUCAAACAUGUUAAUUGUGACUGCGCACCUCUUAAAAACA